AUGUGUACAACUGGAUAUAUCUACGUCAGUGGAUCCAACACUUCAACAUGUCAGUCAAAUGGACAGUGGUCUGAUCCAGCGUUAAACUGUACAGGUAUUGACUGUGGGACGCCUAUCAGCAUACAAGAAGCAGAACUAACGUAUUCCAACACGGCAUUCCCGUCCGUAGCAAGUUACAGUUGUAAAACUGGAUAUGCGUACGUCAGUGGAUCCAACUCUUCAACAUGUCAGUCUAAUGGACAGUGGUCUGAUCCGGCAUUAAACUGUACAGGUAAUGACUGUGGGACGCCUACCAACAUACUGGAAGCCGAUCUGACUUAUUCCAGCACGAUAUUUCAGUCCAUAGCAAAUUACACGUGUAAAACUGGAUAUGUUUACGUCAGCGGGUCCAUCUCUUCAACAUGUCAAGCUAGUGGACAGUGGUCUGACCCGGGGUUAAACUGUACAGGCGUUGACUGCAAUGUUCCCAGUUCUAUAUCUGGGUCAGAUGUUUCCUAUUCCUCCACGAUAUUCCCGACUACAGCGGACUAUACGUGUACAACUGGAUUUGUCUACGUCAGUGGAUCCAACACUUCAACGUGUCAAGCAAAUGGACAGUGGUCUGAUCCAAUGUUAAACUGUACAGGUAUUGACUGUGGGACGCCUAUCAAUAUAUCUGAAGCCGAUCUGACAUAUUCCAGCACGAUAUUCCCGGCUGUAACGAGUUACAGUUGUAAGACUGGAUAUGUUUACGUCAGUGGAUCCAACUCUUCAACAUGUCAAGCUAGUGGACAGUGGUCUGACCCGGGGUUAAACUGUACAGCUGUGUUACUUGCUACAAUUCCUCCUGCUGUUGAUUGUGAUAAUCCGAGUAGUGUACCAGGAGCAGACCUGUCGGUUUCUGAUACAACACCACCAGCUGUAGCAAACUACACGUGUAAAACGGGAUACGUUUACGUCAGCGGAUCCAACUCCUCGGAGUGCCUAGCUAAUGGACAGUGGUCUGAUCCGGCGUUGAACUGUACAGAGAUUGACUGCGGGGCGCCCAGUACCAUACUUGGAGUAACUGCGACAACUUCGGCUACAACAUACCAAUCUGUAACAGACUACGCAUGCGGAACUGGUUAUGUUUACGUCAGUGGAUCCAACACUUCUUCCUGUCAGGCGAAUGGACAGUGGUCUGACCCUGCGUUAAUAUGUACAGAGAUUGACUGCGGAGCGCCCAGUACCAUACUUGGAUCAUCUGUAACAUCUGUGGAUACAACAUACCAAUCUGUAGCAGACUACGCAUGCUCAACCGGCUAUGUUUACGUCAGUGGAUCAAAUACUUCUUCCUGUCAGGCGAAUGGACAGUGGUCUGACCCAGCGUUAAUAUGUACAGAGAUUGACUGCGGGGCGCCCAUCACCAUAUCUGGAGCAUCUGAAUCAGCUUCAGCUACAACAUACCAAUCAGUGACAAACUACGCAUGUGCAACCGGAUAUGUUUACGUCAGUGGAUUAAACACUUCUUCCUGUCAAGCGAAUGGACAGUGGUCUGACCCGGCCUUAGACUGUGCAGAGAUUGACUGCGGAACGCCCAGUACUAUACUUGGAGCAUCUGUAACAUCUGUGGAUACAACAUACCAAUCUGUAGUACACUACGCAUGCGCCAACGGCUAUGUCUACGUCAGUGGAUUAAACACUUCUUCCUGUCAGGCGAAUGGACAGUGGUCUGACCCGGCGUUAAUCUGUACAGUUAUGUGUCCGGCACCUCCUCCAAUCGCCAACGGACACGUGGCCUACGAUUCAUUGUCGGUGAACAGCGUCGCUAACUACAGUUGUGUUAGCAACUACUUCUACUUUGGAUACAGUAACAGGAGUGUGUGUCACACGGAUGGAUCAUGGGCCUUUCCUAUGCACGGGGUAUUUGCUGGACCAGUGACAGCCGGCUGGAAGGCUGAAGUGUUGGCCACACCACGCAAUGAGUCAAGAACGACAGUAGAAUUGAGGUAUGCUAACAGCGCUUACAGGGCCAUUCAGAUGGAUAUUCGUUUCAACUUUGGAACGUAUGUCAACACGGUGGUCCGGAAUACGUUGACAUCCGCAGGCUGGGGCUACGAAAACAGCACACAGCCGUACUUUCCCUUUGCUAUAGGAAGACCAUUUAAUCUCACAAUAGUGAUGACGGUAUCUUCAGGAUUUGAC